AUGAAAAAUAAAUCCCUUGGUGUUCGGGCAGCACCAGCCAGCAGCAAAUCUGAUGUCUGUGCUAGGAAAAAAUUGACCAUUUCAGUGAAGAAACUUCGAGAAGUGACUCCACUCAGUCGUCCAGAAUGUUCAGCAUCGGUUAAUGAUGAUGCAGCUUAUAUACCAUCAGUACUGCUGGCAAACAAAACUGUACAUCAGAAAUCAAGACCAGUAUCUUCCGGAAACACAGCAGAGGGUCUUGUGAGCAAGCACGCUGGCACAGACUCAGAACAGUUAGCAUUACCUGAAAAAGAUGCACAGACUUCAUGCUUUUCCUCAGAGACACAUCCACAUAAACCCUCAGUGCAGAUUACUUCAGAAUGGAAAGGAGAUGCAGUUAAGCCGAAAGCAUCAGAUAUCUUCAUCUCCCAGUACGACACUGGACAGAAGGAAGCUGUAAGAGCUGCAUUCAAAGAGCGAAUCCAGAAUGUGCCUGUUUUUAAAGAAGUGAAGGUAAAUCUUCUGAAUAACGUGUGUCCAGAUAAGGACAGUUCCAAGUCAACUCAAAGUGAAAUGGAUUCAGCAACAACCAUUGCAGCUGCAACAGCAGCAGCUAUUGCUUCCACAGCCCCACUUUUGAAAGUCCAGAGUGACUUGGAAGCAAAAGUGAAUUCGGUUUCCAAAAUGCUAAAUAAGUUGCAAGAGACAGAUAAACAGCUGCAGCGUGUUGCUGAGCAGCAAGCCAGUCUGAAAGCUCAACAGCUUGAGGGGUCUUCUAGCAAUCAGAGGGUUGGCAAACUUGAAAAGCAGAUGAAUGUCUUCAUGGAACAACGAAUUCAACAUCUGGAAAAUUUGCAGCAACAACAAAUGAAUAUUCAGUCGCAGCUAAUUAGCUGUGCGCUGAAUUCAGGUGGUUUCCAAACUGUUAAGGCAGCACCUGUCAAAGAAUUUCCAAAACAUGCUGUGAAGGCUGGGAAGCUGCUUGGUAACCAAACCACACCUCAAGAGGACUUAUUUCUGUCUAGGGCAGCAAAUACACAAGUCUGUUCAUGGCAGUUGGAGAGACAGGGUAUUCAUACACAGAAAUCCCCUUUGAAGACGCCAGCACCACGGAGAUAUGCUCCUAUGCCUGUAUCUAAAGAUGCUCAAAUUUCACAGAAAAUGGCAAAGAAAGAGCUGUCUUUUGGAGAGAAAGAAAAUGUGUCUUGUGGUAAAACUCUAGGUGGAGGGAAAUUUCUGGAGCAAAUCCUGAAAGCACACGAAACUCCAUUAAAUCCGAGCACAUCCUCAGAGGCAAGCAACCGGACAGUGCCAUGGCAUUUGGGGAGCGAGCACAGAUCCAGCAUUCCUCAGACAGCAUUCUCUAUAUUUAAAAGCGCAAGUGAAGAUCUUGAUUCCAUUGGGAAAACUGUGAAAAAAGCAGAUGAUGUGCUUCAUGAUCUUGGGCAAUUGAAAAAAGAAAUGCAUAAUAUCCUGCAGGAUGCAAAGGACUGGAAAUCAGACAUGAACAAUUUCGUGAAGACAACCUCAUACCCAAAAGAAGCUGGCCAAAUGAAGGACCACCUCUCUUCUCAUCAACCUGUCCCCUCAUCAGAGGUCCUUCUCAAAAUGCCCUCACAAACUGAGCAAAAAGACCUUUUUGAACUUCACCAACUUUCCAAGUCAUCCAUUCUUCAGUCAAGCAAGGCAUCCAAAUCUAUCCUGAGAGACGCUGAAAAGAUCCUAAGAACAGUCCGCAAGAAUAAAAGGCUUCUUGAAGAAAACCUGGAAGCCAUUAUUCGUGCCAAGGAUGCUGAUGCUUUGCAUGCCUUCAUAGAUGAGUUGACAGCAGAUAGAGAUGUCCUAGAGGAAAUACGGAUCAGGAAAACUGUAGACGAUUGGAUUAAGACAAUCAGCAUGGAAAUUCAGGAUGAAAUGGCAAGGAAGGACUACCUCAAAGCACAACAGGCCACCAGGACAGCCAGCAGAGAAACAUAUGCAAAAUCUCAUUAUGGUCAAAGAAUCCCCCCAAAAAGACUUUUGCCUACAGCAAAGCUGUCUCCAAAACUGCCAGACAAAGGUUCUCUGAAAACAAGGUUGGAAGCACAAAACGAAGAGUAUCUUUCUCAGGUUUAUGGCAGGCCACCGUACCAAGGUCAUAGAAGUACACUGAAGAAAUCUCCAUAUCUGCGCUUCAAUUCUCCACCUCCCAAAUCAAAACCUCCACGACCAAAAGUAAUAGAAAGUGUUAAAGGUACAAAAGUAAAAUCUAUCAGGACACAGACCAGCCCCCAUCUGGACAAUAAAGUUAUCAGUCCUAAGAAGGCAGAAUCAGUGUCUGCUUUUCACCAGGAGCUGCAGUAUCUUUUCAGCCCAACAAAAGAGAUUCGUGAAACAUCUGGUCCUCUUGAAGGUCAUCUCAUUCCAAUGGCAAUCCCAUUAGGGCAAAAACAGAUCAAUCUCAUCUCACCUCAGCCUUCAGAAAUAAAUAUAGGUGAAUUCCAUCCUGUUACUGUGACAACUUCUGUUCUUCCCCCUUCCUCUCCCCCACCACCAAAGUCAAAGGUGAACAAGCCCAAUGUCACAAUAAUAGAAGUGAAGUCAGAGAAAAAGGAUCCUCCCAAGCUAACUAUGCAGACACUACCUAAUAUUGAUAUUGAUAGCAUCUCAAGUGACACUACAAAUGAAAACCAGGUGUCUUUACUACCUGGUCCUACAAAGGCACCAAUACAGCCCACUUCAGAAGACAGCCUUCUUCAGGAUGAAGAGCUGAAACUUCCAGGUGCUAACUUUAUUGAUGCUACUGAUAUUGGUCAGGAAGAAGGAGAUGAUGAUAGGAUGUCACAAUUCUCUGAACCAUUCCUACACUUCAGCAGACAAGGAGACAUCGGCUCUGCAAAAUAUAACGGGCCUCCAUUUCCGCCAGUGGCUCCAGCACCCCAGGUUUCAGCCGAUAUUCUUGAUGAGAUAAUAGGAAAACGAGAGACCUUGGAAAACAAAUUGGUUAGUUGGGUAGAACAAGAAGUAAUGGCCCGAGUUAUCAGUGGAAUGUAUCCAGCUCAGAAAGAGGUGAUUCGCAACUUAAGCUCACCAGAGAGUGAAGAGAGCCAAGCAGUAUCCUCUGACAUUGUUGAAGCAGCGGGCACUGAAGGGUUUCAGCUAUUUGUUGAUGCUGGCAUCCCAGUAGAUUCUGAAAUGAUCAGGCAUUUUGUUAAUGAAGCACUUGCUGAGAGAGUAGCUGUAAUGCUGGGUAACAGAGAAAGUGAAAAAGCUGCACUGGCUUCAGUCGUUUCUUCAAGUGUGCCACAGUUGCCAGAAAAGGAAACCAUAUUACCUACUCCACUGGUCACACCUGAAUCCACACCACCUCAGUCACCACCACCUGUAAAAGAAUCCUUUGCCUUAAAAACCCCAGAGUCAUCUGUGUCUAUUAAUGAGAUGGAUGAAGAUGUGGGUGAUCAAAAAAUGAUGGGUGCAAUAGGGUCUGAGGCUGUAGUUGUCGGUCCGGUUCGUACACCUGUCGUUACCCCUUCAGCAACACCCAUAGUAGCCUCACCAAGCCCUCCUAUAUCAGACCGUACCCUGGACACAGGAAUGAUGAAAAGACAAACCCCUCCCAAUGCAUGGGGAGAUACAGAACUUCCUUUGGAAGAAGAAAAGCCUAGUCCACAGAGUGAAGAAGGUUAUAAUCCAACAGCUGUUAUAAUGUCCGUGGGUAAGCACGAAGAGCCAGAGAUUUUGGUAUUGCCAGUUUCUCCUGAGGUGCCUAAGAGCCACAGUCCACUUCCUGCAGAACCUCCAUCAGCUUCCGUGGAAACGUCCAGUUCGGGCCCCUCAGAAGAAAGCAGUCUGACCACCACAGAAACUGAGGCUGCAGACAGGCCAAUUUCUGAAGGAGAAAUUCUGUACAGCUAUGGGCAACUGCUAGCUGCAAAAGCUUUGGCAGAAGGAGGACUGCCUUUUCCAAACCUCAGUGACAGUUUGGCCAGCACCCUUCAUGACGCCCGUGAGAUGGAUUAUGAUCCUCCCAGUGAGGGACAAGUGAUACGGAGACCUCCCAGAGGACCCCACAGAGAUCAAGUCCUUUCUCUCUUUUCAAAACUGAAUCAAGCGCCACUUACUUUGCAUGAAGAAAGUUGCCAUUCAGAGGAUACUGACAACAGUGCUGGGGAACUUAGCGAGGGUCAAAGACCAAGGCUAACAAAAGCUGCUGAAAGUAUCCUAAUGGGACAUUCUGUUUACAUGGGCCAGACCACCAACCAUGUUUCUAAAGAAUUAACUCAACAGAUGCCAUCAUCAGGACAGUGUGACAAUGUUGCAGGAGAUAUUCCUGGUGUUCCUGAUGUUACUCAUGGGCCAAUGAGCAUAGCUGAACUGGCUCAACCUGGCUCUCUAGGGGCAUAUGGAAACACCAACCUGACACCUCCGUUGGAUGACUCAUUGCAGACAAAGCCCCAAGAAGCACUCCAGGAAAUACCAGUGAAUUCCAGAAUCAUCUGUGUAAAACCAAAAUCCGAACAUACACAGCAGAAAGGGACAGAGGUCAUAUCCCUUUUAAGUUCCCUUCCUGCACCAGGUAAAGUAGCUGUGAAGGUGCCAUCUGCUGACAUAGAGGACAAAACUCUGAGCUUCAGUUCAGUUCAUGGGAGUUCAGACUCUUCUGGGGCAGACACAUUUUGAAAUGUGCAGGCUUAUUCAGGCCUACAGGCAUUUUGGGGAGAGGAUGUUGACAGAUAUUUGUCUGAAAAUAAUGUAACAGGCUAACUUUUGGUGCAGAAAUGUUGCCAGCCAUAUUAUUGUAAAGAAUUGACUAAUCUUUUAUCAUUAGGAACUUUAUAUAUGUG